GCCUACCACUAGACAGUGACCGGCUCCUGUGUGCAGUAUAGUGAACAAACUAUAGCUGGGCCUAUACUCUGCUCUGCCCAGCUCGCGGCUUUCUAAACUUUCUAGAACUUAAUAGUUUAGCACAGGUUUUCACAGCUUAUACAGUGGUUUAUUAAGUUUAGUGAUUAUUUAGAGCAACAAGUGUUUUAAUUAAUAAGAAUACGAGAAUAUCAGAAUAUUUCUAAUCGAACUUAAAUCUUUUAUCAUUCAUUAUGAUGGCCCCGUCUGGGGGUAAGGGGAAUGGGCAGGUGUCCCAGAGUAAUGCCUUCCAAACCUAUCAGGACUUCUCCGCCCUUGAAGACGAUGCACAAGCCCUGCCGGCCAACUUCUCCACCGGAAGUGGGUUCGGAGGAGGAUACCAUGAUGCUGCGUAUGAUGAUGAGUACCCUGAGCAUCAACCCUAUCCUCAUCCUGGAAUCCGAGGACUACAGUACGGUGGGGAUGGUCGACAGUACGGAGCUGGAGGAGAUGUUAUUCCACAGUGGGGAUUUCAGGGAGAACAGACUGCUCUUACAGAUGAUGAAGUUGAUGAUGUGGAUAACAGAAUGUCAAGAUUGUCGGCUGAUCAAAGACAAAGAUCGCAGAGUAGUAAACGGUACCAGGAGAUGGAACGGGAACGAAAACGUCGGCAGCUGAAAACUGCUUCAGGACCGGAGAAAACUAGUUUCUUUCAGGCAACUAAACUAUCUCUGAUGAACAGUGGUCUGAUUCCGUUGAAGAGAGCUGAGGAAGACGACGUGACUAUACAACUGUACGAGAAACCGGUUCCAGAAACAGAGUUCGUAAAGCACUGCUGUCAGCGCAGGAAAUAUCCAGUUCUUCUCAAGGUUGAGUUUAACAACGGUAUAAAGGAGAACAGUUCAACUUCUCUCCGUCACGCCAGUAAAAAGUCUAAUAUGGAGAAGAACCAGAACCCGAGAAUUAUUCCAUAUGAUUUUAACCGGGUAGUGCUAGAUCCUGAGGAGGGGGUUCUGGACUCAGAUUAUAUUAACGCCUCGUAUGUCGACAGCUUGGUUCAGCCUAAGGCCUAUAUAGUGACCCAAGGUCCUACUGAGUCCACUAUGCCUGACUUCUGGAGGAUGGUUUGGCAGGAGAGAGCUUCAUGCAUAGUCAUGGUCACAAGAACAUUCGACUUUAUCAGAGAAUACAUAGUGUUCAUUGAGUACGGGGAAUACAUGGUGUUCCUGGAGUACAGGGAGGUCAUGGUGUUCCUGGAGUACAGGGAGGUCAUGGUGUUCCUGGAGUACAGGGAGUACAGGGAGGUCAUGGUGUUCAUGGAGUACAGAGAAUACAUGGUGUUCAUUGAGUACAGGGAAUGCAUGGUGUUCAUGGAGUACAGGGAAUACAUGGUAUUCCUGGAGUACUGGGAAUACAUGGAGGUCAUGGAGUACAGGGAAUUCAUGGUGUUACUGGAGUACAGGGAAUACAUGUUAUUUCUGGAGUACUGGGAAUACAUGGUGUUCAUGGAGUACAGGGAAUACAUGGUGUUCAUAGAGUACAGGGAAUACAUGGUGUUCCUGGAGUACAGGGAGGUCAUGGUGUUCAUGGAGUACAGGGAAUACAUGGUGUUUCUGGAGUACAGGGAGGUCAUAGUGUGCAUGGAAUACAGGGAAUACAUGGAGUUCAGUGAAUUCAUGGAGUCCAUACUACGGAAGAACGGUGAGGAGAGGAAAGUUAUUCAAUUUCACUACACAGAGUGGCCUUGUCACAGCAAUCCUUUUAGCAAUGCACUACUGGAAUUCAGAAGACGAGUGCGGCAAGUUAUGAAUCAGCAUCCAGAGACACAGGAUGGUCCAGUCAUAGUUCAUUGCAAUGAUGGUGCUGGGCGGAGUGGAGUAUAUAUAGCUAUAGACGCGAAUAUAGAACUGUGCGAAGAGGACGGAGUAUUUGAUGUUUACGGAUAUCUCAAGAAAAUUCGUGGAUUAAGACGUGGCCUUGUAGAAACACUGGAGCAGUACAAGUUUGUGUAUGACACCCUGGAGGAGAGCGUGGUGUGCGGGAGCUCACACUUCUACGUGCAGGAGCUCUCCGACCGACUAAAGCAGAAAUCCGUCAAGGAUAAAACAAAAAAGAAGAAAAUGAAUGAGUAUGAGAAGGAGUACGCUGUAAUCUGUAACCAGACUCCAAGGUUUACUAUUGGUGACUGUGCAGCUGGGCAUAGAGCUGAUAAUAGAGAUAAAAAUAGAAACGUUCUCAUUGUUCCACCUGAUAAUUUCCGGCCUUACAUCACAUCCUUCCAGGGAAAUAACUGCACUGAUUAUAUAAACGCAGUAUUUGUUGACGGAUACACACACCCCCGUGAGUAUAUUGUAACUGAGUGGCCUGUAGUGAGUACAUGCAGUGAUCUCUGGUCCCUGGUCUACGAUCAUGAUUGUUCUGCAGUAGUUGUACUUUGUAACCCCUCACCAGGGGUCAGUAAUUCCUAUCCGUCCUUCUGGCCAGAAAACCAGAAAUCUAAGAAGUAUGGACAAGUGUUUACAGUGGAAUAUGUUUCUCACAACCAUUAUCCGAAUAUUAGAUCCUGGAUCUUCAAGAUCAACAAGAAGAUUGUUUCUUUAACAGAGUUGAUGGCUGGAGUUAAAGCUCCAAGCAAAACUUGUCAACUGUUCCAACUCAUGUGCUGGCCACAGGGAUACAAGGUGCCUACCUCGACAAAUGCUCUGGUUGAACUUAUGAAUAUGGUUGAAAGAUGGAGACAGAGAACUGAUUAUGGACCUGUCGUAGUUGUUAGUCAGGACGGUAUAUCCAGGUGUGGUGUUUACUGUGCUGCGAAUGCGUGUAUAGAGCAAGUAAUCCAACAUGGCGAAGUUGAUGUAUUCCAAGCUGUCAAAACAGUCAGGAGACAUAGACCUCAACUUGUAGAGAACCUGACGGAGUACAAGUACUGCUAUGAUCUUGUACUACACUAUGUACUUCACUAUCUACACAAGGAACAAACAAAAUGACGUCACUAGAGAAAAUCUGUAAAGUUUGCAAGAAAAAAUAUUUAACACUUUUUUCGUCCUGAUCAAUAUCUUUCUCCUUUAAAAUAAAUAUUAUAAAACACUUGGACAAUAUAACUAUUUGACCUAUAUACACCAUGAUAUUUACAAAUUCACCCAUAAAGAAGAGACUCUUCUAGAGACGACCUUUAAGUUUAUUUUUUAUUUAAAGCUUCAUCAAAUAUGUUUUUAUAAUUAGAGUGAGCAAAAUUCAAAGAUAAACUUUGUACAGUCGUUUCUAAAACCUCCUCCAACCCUGUAUACGCAUAUUUAAAUGAUUGAAUAUAAUGUUAGCGGAUUUCUGACAGUUAAGAAUGUAAAUAAUGUCGUCUUUGAUUUUUCUUGUUUCUUUGUAUUCCUUUAAUAUUUUGAAAAGAAAUAAGAACAUGUUUAACCGUCAUUCCUAUACGAAACAUUUUCAUGACAAUUUUUUUAGGAUUUUUUGCUAAAUAUUUCAUAAUUCCAGAGACAAUGGAUAAAAACCUCUAUUUUGUGAAAACUGUAAAUACGAAUUGUAUUUAUGUUAUUCAAAAUUAUAUUAUAUAAUGGAUAUAUAUAUUAGUGUGUUAACAAAAUUGUAAUCUUAAUAUAAAUAGUUUUAUAAAUAUGUACAUAUACAAUACAUAUAAUUGCUGAAUGCAGUGGGAGUCAAUGUAGAUGAUACGUGGAAAACGACAUUAAAAAGUUCUGUCAUAUAUUCGUAAAUACUUGAAAGUGACUUUUAAUUCUUAUUUGGUGUUUGACAAUUAGAUUAGGUAAAAAGUUUAACCAGAUGUCACACAACAAUAAACAUCGGAAAUAAGAGAAGCCAUUGAAAUUGUCUUCAAUCAUUUCAGAAAUUUACAUAUAACAAUUUUUUCUAAAAAAAACACUGAAAUGGCUGAACCAAACGAUUUAACGGUCAAAAUUUAAAAAUGUUGCCUGGAAAUUAUCCAUUUUGAAAAUCCGCUUAGUAAAACAGAAAAAUCCGUGUGUUUUGGAGAACGGUGAAAUUUUUCGCUUAAAAGGCAACCGUUAAAACCGUUAAAACCGUUGUUAGAAAAAGAGUUGCCAAAAAGAGGAGCCAAGAAAUUGAAAAAAUAGAAUUUAGGCUAAAAUUCUUGGUAUGAAUUCAAAAGUUCAAAUGAGGAAAAACACAUUUUUAAAAUGAUCGAAUAAGUGGAAAAUUGUGUUGAUGAUUCUAGAAUGAUCGAUAUAUAUAAUCUGGCCAUAAUACUGUGUACUUUCAUUAUUGCAUACAGCUUGCUCAGCCUGUUAAACAAUUACAAUAAACUUUAACUGGGUCGUUUUCUAAAUUACAUGUUUAUUAACUCUCACUGUAUUAAUGCUAUAACAGAGAAUAAUAUUUUUUAUAUCAUCUAUUUUUCCUGAAAAAUAUCAGGGCCUAAUAUCUAGUAUACUAGUAUAGCUUUAUAGCUUGCAUAGCUUUAAAUCACGCUUACUGCUUAAAAACACACAAAAUUUUUAUCCUUUAAAAGUUUACGUUUUGUAUCAAAAUUGUAAUUAUAUUACCCUGUGCGUGAAAUUGGUUAAAUUUAAUUAUGUUAUUUCUUUAUAUCAAUUUUGUUCGUAAAAAAUCUCUAACCUUUCCUUAUUUUUUGUUUAUUUUUCAGAAAUUUAUGCUUUUCCAUUUUUUAGCAAAUUUUAUUUUACAAUUCAAGCAAUUUCUUUGAAACCAAUAUUGAAAUAUUUAAACAGUUCCUUUAUAUCACAAUUUACAACACUUCUGCACCUUGACAAAUUCAUUUCUAGAUAUAAACUAAAAGUUUUAAAUUAACUGUUCACUAUUCACUAUUCACUAUUAUGUUAAGUUUAAGUUUUGCAUCCCUGGUGUUAUUUAUAAUUAUUGUUUUACAUAUAAACCUAUACAUACCCCUUGAAGCUUGUAAACAUUAUAAACAUAAAAUAGUUUAUUCAAAUAUAUUUAAGCAUUAUGUUGAAAAAAA